UGAGCCCUUGGGACAAAAGUUCUACUGCUGGGCAGGAGGAGGCUGGAUUAGCAUGGGGCAGUGUUUAAGGUACCAGAUGCAGUGGGAGGACCUGGAAGAGUACCAGGCUCUGACCUUCCUGACAAGAAAUGAGAUUCUGUGCAUCCACGACACCUUCCUGAAGCUCUGCCCCUCAGGCAAGCACUAUAAGGAGGCCACACUGACCAUGGACCAGGUCAGCUCCCUUCCUGCUCUGAGGGUCAACCCUUUCAGAGACCGCAUCUGUAGGGUAUUCUCCCACAACAACGUGUUCUCCUUUGAAGACGUGCUGGGCAUGGCGUCUGUGUUCAGUGAGCAGGCCUGCCCCAGCCUGAAGAUUGAGUAUGCCUUUCGUAUCUAUGAUUUUAACGAGAAUGGUUUCAUUGAUGAGGAGGACCUCCAGAAGAUAGUGCUAAGACUACUGAAAAGUGAUGACGUGUCUGAGGACCUGCUGAUGGACGUCAUGCACCACGUCCUGAGCGAGUCAGAUCUGGACAAUGACAGUAUGCUUUCCUUCUCCGAGUUCGAACACGCCAUGGCCAAAUCUCCAGAUUUCAUGAACUCCUUUCGGAUUCACUUCUGGGGAUGCUGAUGUGGAGGUUCAGCAGCUUCAAGGAAGACUACUGGACCCCCCUGCAUCCAGGCACUGUAGAAUCUGACCUGAAUUAUGACUCAGCUCUGACCCUCCUUCACCUCUAGAGUAUUGUUUGCUAAGUAAAUAUGUGUUUCCC